CCUCAACCAGAUGGAUCGAAGCAGAAAAACAUCAUGGCGCUCGCCCCGAUUAAUUUGUAUUGAGGGGCAAAAAACUUUACUUUGGAUCGUUUAUAGAUGUUGAAAGCGCUCAAGCAAACCUACACAAGCAAGGAAAAAUCACUUUUGAAGGAUGAGCGUAAAAACUUGGAGGAAAGUCAUGUAGGCGAUCAGAUUUUAGAGGACAUCGGCAGGUCCAUCAAACUGCUGCUGCAGUAUGGUUUGACCAAAGAGAAGAUCCGCUCGGAACUGUGGGUUGUGCAGGACUUGUGUCAUCGGCUGGACGUUGCCCUUCGACAUGGCCUUCGACGUCCCUCGGCAGGCUACUGGCCGUAUGUUCGGCACUUCACUCACACUGACAACGUCAAAUUAUUAGAACGAACUUGCUCACGAAGAAGAGCCACUCUGGAUAAAAGCUCUGCUUGGCUGUAUCAUUCACUCAACGAAGGCUCACUCGAAAGUUACUUGAGAGCCUUUGCUAGGGAGGGCAAUUUAGUGAGCAAGCACUUCUACAAAUUUGCACUUUUGAGAGAUGAGCAACAGCGAGAUCUACUUGUCGGCCUUUUAGCCAGCAUCCAAGAUUUUUCGUUUGAUAUUGCCUUGCAAUCUUUUGAGUCAGUGAAGAGCUCUGAGGAUUCUCUACCAUCACCAGAGGAUUCAGGGAUUGCAACUGCUGAUAGUGACCUCAGUGAAAUAAUGGACAGCCUUGGAGAUAGAGAUGAAAGUUCUACUUUGAAUGAAAUUGAGGACAACCGGAUCAACAAAGUAAUUUCUAUGGACAUGGAAAAAGUUGUCCUGCGUUCACCGAGGCGAGAUCCACAAAGGCACUUGAAGCGAGUUUCUUUCAACGAAGAGCUGAAGAAAGAGUUCUUUAGCAAGCGUCACAGCUGGUGCAUGGAAAGUUCCAUCACUUCCAGCACACUUAGUCUCCCCUACGAUGACCAGGUUGUUUUCGAAGGGGAUGAACCACCGACCAUCAAUGAACUGCAAAGCCUUCAAGGGAAACUGGAGUUAAUCAAGCAACGAAGAAAGUUGUUUUUGAAAAAGGCAGCACUGGGAAAGAAGAAGCAGGUGAAUCUACGGUUGUACUAUCCAAAGGCUGUUGUCGACAAAGAGGCGUGUCGUGAGACGGAGCUGCAAAUUUCAAGGGAAAUGCAGAAGAUGCAGAAAUUGCAAGUAGAGGAUAAAAAUGACAUGUACCUUGAUGAGCGGCUGUUAGAGAUUUUAAGGAAAGACGUUUUUGAAAAGACCAAUGAAAGUAUCUCAAAGGUUUUUAAAGGAUACGGUCCUAUUCUACAACCAGGAAUUUCACCACUGCUCAUAAUCCUAACCAAUCUGGGCCUUUACGCUGUCUGCCACUCAGACUCUAAGAUAAAACCAAAGUUUUCGUGCAGCUACGAACAGCUGGAAGCAAUCCUGUUUGGCCCAGAGGGACAAACAGUGCUGUUUUCCAGCAAAUCCAAAGACAAAUACUUGAUCUCGCUAUCCGACUGUCCCGACUCAACUCCAGCAGCCAUCAUCAGCUCCAUCGAGUUGGCCAUGAGGAAGUUGCGGUUGCUUCCUGCAGCUUGGAAGCAGCUGACGUUGCCGGAGAUGAAGGCCCUGCAGCGUAGUCUGACCAAAAUUGUGCCGUCUCUGAAAGGAGAACAGCUGCUUUGGCAUCAGGUUGUGCAUGUUCAAGAUGCCAGUCGUCAUAAUGGCGCAGCUGAGGCUGUUAAGGAGGGGCUGCUGAUGAUCAGGAUUGGAAAUGAUGGACCUUGGCAACCAUCAUAUUUGGUCUUAAGGGAUUGCGAGCUUUGGGUAUUUGGAGAUGAACUGGACCACGAGCCGCAGUUGGUUGUUGGAGUUGCGCGUUGUGUUGCCUGUGGCCGAGUGCAAUUGCCAGAGCGGCCGCACACCUUUGAAAUUCAAUGUGGCCGCAGCUCUCUUCCUCUCCAGCUGGCCGCAGCUGACGAAUACGAGGUCUCGGAGUGGCUACAAGCCCUGCUCCAGGCGGCCUGCGGCCAACAUGCCGUGCAGCAGGCCAAGCUUCAGUUGUGCGGUCUGGUGCUCAGCAGCGGCCACUUGUUAGUCUACCGUCUGGACCGCAACUCUCCCGACCCAGUUUUCUGCACUCAGUUGAUCCACGUGACGGCCAUCAGGGCGGCCGACUCUACCUGGUGCACCCUCGAGUUUGAGUGCACCGAAGCCAAGGAGAACGGAGGCGAUUGGAUUUUGUACUUUGACUGCGCCGCCAAUCGAGCUGAAUUUUUCCAACAGAUGGAAGCUGCGUGGGCAAAACUUCCUCAGGUCUUGCCUGUUCCCUCUACGAACUUUGUUUCCGACUUGCUUCUGCAGAGGUGUGAGGAGGCCAGUGUGCAGCUGAUCUCCUCCUGGAACCCACUGAUCAAUUUCGGCUAAAGUUGAAGACUAUCUGCUGCAUUUAUUUCCCCCCACUAGUCUCUUGCUUGGUUGGGAUCAAUAUCUUUUAAUGCCAGUCUUUAUUUUGUCUGCGAGUUGAGCUCAAAUGACAUAAUUGUGCAAUUUCUUGAACUGGUAGUUUGUGUAUCAGUUUUGGCUAGUCUUAAAUUUUUUCUGCACAAGUGAGUUGUGAAUCUCAAAAGUAACAAAUUCAUCAUUCCAGAAUCUCAAAUUUCUUUCUAAUCUGAAUGCAAUGAACCAACAUUAUUUAUUAUACUUCUAUCUUUUAUUUUUAAAGAUGUAUUUUAUUUUUGUUAUGCGCCAAAUAUUUCUGAAAAUGCAGCUUUACCUGAAUCAUUAAAGGUAUUUUAGUGACAUUUAUUACGCUUGAAUUUAGAUGGUACAUUGCUUUUGAUGUUAGCUAUAAUAUAAAAAAGCAAGCACCGAAAUAUAAGAAUCAAUAUUCUCUCUAACUAUGAUGUAAAUACAAAUAU